GGAACAAUAGAGAGAAACGAAGCCAGCCCUGAAACACCAAACAAACCGAGAGGGCGACAGAAAGAAAGAAAGCCAGCAGCACACCACACACACACACACACACACACACAGAGGGAUGGAGGGAGAGAGAGAGAAACCGACAACAUGUGAGGAAUAAAGACGCGAGGAUUUAACCGGAGCGGAGGGCUUCAUUUCUCUCUUUCUUUUGUCGGUGGAUUGUAUUGAACCGGAUUCCGAUAUGAACCCUGCAGAAGCGGCCGAGGAGGCGCCCAGCGACCCCGACACUGAUGCCUUCUACAAAACAGGGUCACUGAGGACUGAAGGCAUCAAGGCGUCCGACGUUCUUCCUGUGUUAAAGGAGAAAGUCGCCUUUGUGUCAGGUGGGCGAGACAAAAGAGGAGGACCAAUCCUGACAUUUCCUGCCAGGAGUAACCACGACCGAAUAAAACAGGAAGACCUGAGGAGGCUGGUUACCUACCUGUCUACUGUUCCCAGUGAGGAUGUAUGUAAACGUGGUUUUACCGUCAUUAUCGACAUGCGUGGAUCUAAGUGGGAGCUGAUCAAGCCUCUGCUGAAAACACUGCAGGAGUUUUUCCCAGCUGAGAUCUGUGUGGCGCUCAUCAUCAAACCGGACAACUUCUGGCAGAAACAGAAGACAAACUUUGGCAGUGCAAAGUUCUCCUUUGAGACCAGCAUGGUGUCAGUUGAAGGUCUGGCCAAACUAGUGGAUCCCUCCCAGCUUACAGAUGACUUUGAAGGCUCUCUGGAGUACAACCAUGAGGAGUGGAUGGAGCUGAGAGUCUCUCUGGAGGAGUUCAUGUCCAAUGCUGUUCACCUGCUGUCCAGACUGGAAGAUCUGCAGGAGCUUCAGUCCAAGAAGGAGUUUCCUGCAGAUGUGGAGGGAUCUCGUCGGUUGAUAGAUGAGCACACACAGCUGAAGAAAAAGGUGCUGAAGGCUCCAGUUGAGGAAUUGGACCGGGAGGGCCAGCGGUUGCUGCAGUGUAUCAGAUCAAGUGAUGGUUUUUCAGGGAGGAACUGCAUCUCAGGCUCUGCUGACUUCCAGAGCUUGGUGCCCAAGGUUGCCAGUUUACUGGAUAAGCUCCACUCCACGAGGCAGCAUCUCCAUCAGAUGUGGCACGUCAGGAAGCUGAAGCUGGACCAGUGCUUUCAGCUCCGUCUGUUUGAACAGGACGCAGAGAAAAUGUUUGACUGGAUCAGCCACAACAAAGAAGUAUUCCUGCAGAGUCACACUGAGAUCGGCCGAGGUUACCAACAUGCUGUGGAGCUGCAAACUCAACACAACCACUUUGCCAUGAACUCCAUGAAUGCCUAUGUAAAUAUCAACAGGAUCAUGUCAGUGGCGAGCCGUCUGGCCGAGGCCGGUCACUACGCCUCCACACAGAUAAAACAGAUCUCGAGUCAGCUGGAUCAGGACUGGAAAAGUUUUGCUGCUGCACUUGAUGAGCGCUCCACCAUCCUCGCCAUGUCAUCUGUCUUUCACCAGAAGGCUGAACAGUUCUUGUCGGAGGUGGAGGCCUGGUGUAAAGUCUGCAGCGAGGGAGGGUUACCGUCAGAGAUGCAGGAGCUGGAAAUCGCCAUCCACCGCCACCAGAGCCUGUACGAGCAAGUCACCCAGGCUUACACUGAGGUGAGUCAGGAUGGCAAAGCCCUAUUGGACGUCCUCCAGAGGCCUCUGAGUCCCGGCAACUCUGAUUCGCUGACAGCCACUGCCAAUUACUCCAAAGCGGUACACUGCAUCCUGGAUGUGGUUCAUGAGGUUCUCCACCAUCAGCGGCGUCUGGAGAAUAUUUGGCAGCAUCGAAAGGUCCGACUGCACCAGAGACUGCAGCUGUGUGUGUUCCAGCAGGAUGUCCAACAGGUGAUGGACUGGAUAGAGAACCACGGCGAGGCUUUCCUCAGCAAACACACCGGUGUCGGGAAAUCCCUCCACAGAGCCCGUGCCCUGCAGAAAAGACACGACGACUUUGAAGACGUAGCUCAGAACACAUACACUAAUGCAGACAAGCUGCUGGAGGCAGCUGAGCAGCUGGCUCAGACCGGAGAGUGCGACCCCGAGGAAAUCUACAAGGCAGCCAGGCACCUGGAAGUCCGAAUCCAGGACUUUGUCCGCAGAGUCGAACACAGGAAGCUGCUGCUCGACAUGUCUGUCUCCUUCCACACACAUACCAAGGAGCUGUGGUCAUGGAUGGAGGAGCUGCAGAAGCAGCUGUUGGACGAGGUGUGCUGUGAUUCGGUGGAUUCAGUUCAGACUCUGAUCCAGCAGUUUCAGCAGCAGCAGACGGCCACACUGGAGGCAACGCUCAAUGUGAUUAAAGAGGGAGAGGAAUUAAUACAGCAGCUCAGAGAUGCAGCCAUGUCAACCAAUAAGACUCCACACUGCAGUUCUAUCGCACACAUCCAGGGGGUGCUGCAGCAGCUGGACGAGGCGCAGGGACAGAUGGAGGAACUGUUCCAUGAACGCAAAAUCAAGCUGGACAUCUUCCUCCAGCUGCGUAUAUUUGAGCAGUAUACUAUAGAGGUCACAGCCGAGCUGGACGCCUGGAACGAGGAUCUGUCUCGUCAGCUGAACGACGCCAGCCGUUCUGGUGCUAGCAGUGGCAGCAGCAGCGGGGGAGGUGGCGCCUCCUCUGGCGGCUCAGAGGACAUAGGCUUGGCAGAGCAGCGACUGAAACGACACGCAGAGAGGAAGGCAGCCAUGAACAACAUGACGUACGAAGUCAUGCAACAGGGUCAAGACCUGCACCAGUACAUUAUGGAGGUCCAGGCUUCAGGGAUCGAGCUGACGGGGGAGAAGGACAUGGACUUGGCCUCUCAGGUUCAGGAGCUGUUGGAGUUCCUCCAUGAGAAGCAGCAGGAGGUGGAUCUCAAUGCGCAACACACGCACACACGACUGGAGCAGACCCUGCAGCUGCGACACCUCCAGGCCGAGGUUAAACAGGUGUUGGGUUGGAUUCGUAACGGUGAGUCCAUGCUGAACGCCAGCAUGGUGAACGCCAGCUCCUUGUCUGAGGCUGAGCAGCUGCAGAGGGAACAUGAGCAGUUCCAGAUGGCUAUAGAGUCUCUCUUUCAUGCUAACUCUCUGCAGAAGACUCAUCAGAGUGCUCUGCAGGUCCAGCAAAAAGCUGAGAUGAUGCUUCAGGCAGGUCACUAUGAUCCAGAGGCGAUCAGAGGCUGUGCUGAGAAAGUGGCAGUUCACUGGCAGCAGUUGAUGCUGAAGAUGGAGGACCGCCUGAAGCUCGUCAACGCCUCUGUGGCCUUUUACAAGACGUCUGAACAGGUGUGCAGUGUGCUAGAGAGCCUGGAGCAGGAGUAUCGCCGGGACGAGGACUGGUGUGGCAGCCAUGAUAAACUUGGAAUGUCGGCCGACUGCGAACACCUUCUACCUCUGAUUAGCAAACAUCUGGAGCAGAAAGAGGCCUUCCUCAAGGCGUGCACUCUAGCUCGGAGGAAUGCUGAGGUGUUUCUGAAGUACAUCCAUAGGAACAAUGUAAGCAUGCCUGGAGCCGCCGGUCACACCAGAGGGCCCGAACAACAAGUUAAAGCCAUUCUGAACGAGCUGCUGCAGAGAGAAAACAGAGUCCUUCACUUCUGGACAUUAAAGAAACGAAGACUGGACCAGUGUCAGCAGUACUUGGUGUUUGAACGCAGUGCCAAACAGGCACUGGAUUGGAUCCAAGAGACAGGUGAAGUUUAUCUGGCCACACACACGUCACCUGGUGACAGCAGCGAGGAAACGCAGCAGCUCCUCAAUGACUAUCAUCACUUCAGACUUUCAGCCAAGGAGAAGGUGAAGCUGCUGAUCCAGUUGGCGGACAACCUGGUGGAGAAAGGCCAUGCCCACGUGUCAGAGCUGAAGCGCUGGGUCAGCACGGUGGACCGCAGAUAUCGAGACUUCUCUCUACGCAUGGGCAAAUACCAGGAGAGCCUAGAAAGGAGCCUGGGGGUCAGCUCUGAGGACAAUAAAGACUUGGAACUCGACAUUAUCCCUGCCAGCCUGACAGACGACCCCGAGGUCAAACUGCGUGACCCCAACCAUGAGGUCAAUGAGGAAAAGAGGAAGUCUGCCAGAAAGAAAGAGUUCAUCAUGGCAGAGCUGCUGCAGACAGAGAAGACCUACGUCAGAGACCUCCAUGAGUGUCUUGAGACCUACCUGUGGGAGAUGACCAACGGUGUGGAGGAGAUUCCACCUGGCAUCGCCAACAAGGAGCAUAUCAUCUUCGGCAACAUGCAGGAUAUCUGCGACUUCCACAACAAUAUUUUCCUGAAGGAACUGGUGAACUAUGAGCAGCUACCAGAGGAUGUUGGUCACUGCUUCGUCACCUGGGCUGAUAAGUUCCACAUUUAUGUAGAUUACUGUAAGAACAAACCAGACUCCAGUCAGCUCAUACUGGAGCACGCUGGCACCUUCUUUGACGACAUUCAGCAGAGACGUGGACUGGCUAACUCCAUCUCCUCCUACCUCAUCAAACCAGUCCAGAGGAUCACUAAGUACCAACUACUGCUUAAGGAGUUACUGUCCUGUUGUGAGGAGGGUAAAGGAGAAAUUAAAGAUGGUUUGGAGGUGCUCAGUGUUCCUAAGAGAGCCAAUGAUGCCAUGCAUCUCGCCAUGUUGGAGGGCUUUGAGGAGAACCUGGAGGUGCAGGGCGAGCUGAUCCUGCAGGACAGCUUCCAGGUUUGGGAUCCACGCUCGCUGAUCAGGAAGGGGAGGGACCGACACCUCUUCCUGUUCGAGUUCUCCCUGGUCUUCAGCAAGGAGAUCAAAGACUCAGCUGGUAGAACCAAGUACCAGUACAAGAACAAACUACUGACAUCAGAGUUGGGGGUGACCGAGCACAUUGAGGGCGACCCGUGUAAAUUUGCUCUGUGGGCAGGAAGAACUCCCUCCUCUGAUAAUAAAACGGUGCUAAAGGCGUCCAAUAUGGAAGCUAAACAGGAGUGGAUUAAAAACAUCAGGGAGGUGAUUCAGGAGAGGAUGACUCACCUGAAGGGGGCGCUCAAGGAGCCUCUUCACCUGCCAAAAACACCAGCACUGAGCAAACCCAGGAAUAACGCUAAGAGGUGA